AUGAUUGAUGAUAUACGCAACUUGACUUCAAUCAUUCUUGCAAACUUGAAGAAUGACAUAAUCGCCAAUUUUGUCACUAGGGUCCCACUAUUACUUGUACUAGACCCCGAAUCAUUUGAACCGCCAUUUACAAAUGCAUUGGAUGAAUACUUGACUGGUAAGCUUGUCAGUUAUAGCAGCGGCUAUAAUGUCAGUACCAACUUGGCAAAUGCAAAUGGCUUUACUGUUUUCUCCUUUCACAUUGUUACAGGGUAUCUAAUCACAUUUUUGCAAAUUGUAUUUGGUGCGUUGGAUAUAAUUUACAGUUUACUAAGAUUGUGUCUGAGUGCAAUAUUCUUUGGCAUUUUCUUGAGUUUAUUUGUAUUCUGUUUUAUUUGGCUUGGUGUUACAAUAAAUAGAAGAUGGAAAUUGAUUGCGUUGAUUAUACGCAACCUUGAGUUUGAAAAUGUUUGCUAA